UUCUAAAAAUUUAAACGAUUUUCUUUUACCUGAGCAUUUUUCUCGGUGUUAUCUUGAGAACUCAGAUUUUGGAUUCUCUAAUUUAAUUUCGUUUGUAUUUUUGCUCCAUUCAAAUCUUCUAAAAUGUUUAAAACUAUGAGAAAAGUCAAAUUCAUACUGGUCUUAAUUAAUUUUAUAUUUGUGGUAUGUGGAAUUGCGUUAAUCGCUGUUGGAGUUCUUGGGACCAAAAAGCACAUGACAGAAUUCUUGGAUAGCAAAUUUCUGACAGCGCCUGUCAUUUGUAUUGUUGUGGGAUGUGUUAUGUUUGUGGUAGCAUUCCUUGGAUGUUGCGGUGCUAUAAGACAUAAUCAUUUUAUGGUGAUAGCCUUUGCAGUGCUCGUAUUCAUCCUUAUGAUUCUUGAAGUUGCUGGAGGAGUUGCUGCGUACUACUACAAGGACGAGGUUCAAGAUUUUCUUAAAAAGAAUAUGUAUGUAAGUCUGAUCCAACAGAAGGAAGGAUCUGUGGAAAUUUGGGAUGAAUUGCAAUAUGAAUUUGAAUGCUGCGGUGUUGAAGGUCCGGAUGAUUACACUAAAAUGAACUUUAAAGUUCCGAACAGUUGCUGCAAGGACAAUGCCGAGUGUUCUGAAUCUAACGCAUAUACAAAAGGGUGCUUCGUACAAUUGCAUGAUAAAAUCAAGAAGAAUAUAACAAUCAUUAUUGGUGUUGCUAUUGGUAUUGCUGCAAUUCAGCUUCUGGGAUUCCUACUGGCGUUGUGCUUAGCACAUAGAAUCAAAAAAGAUAACGAAGAUCGAUAAGUUACGCUUUAGCUGCCUUAAAUCCAUGACGUGUUCUUAAAAUUUUCCAAAUUGGACGAUAUUUUAUUAUACACACAUAAAUUUAUUAGUACAUAUAUAUUGCUAUGUUUGUUUUUCAAAAUUUUGUUUUCUAUAAUUCUUAAUAUACUUGAAAUGGUGGGUGCUUUUGUAUAUAGUUGCAUAUUUGGUCAGAGACAUUCCUAUAAGUUAAUAAAUAAUCAAUAUCAAGUAA